AUGUUGUUCUCGCGCCUCGCUCUCGCGGUAGCGGUUGCGCCAGCGGUCCAAGCUGUACUCCAGUAUCGUGCGAUGGACUGGUCAUCGUUGCUCAUCGAAGAAGAGCGCAACAGCGUCUACUACCAGAAUGCGACGGGUCAAAACGAGGCGCUAGAAGGUAUUCUUGUCGACAACGGCGUCAACAUGGUACGCCAGCGUGUGUGGACUAAUGCUGGCGACGGUGAUUACGGGAUCGACUACAACAUUCGACUUGCAAAGAGAGCAGAAGCGGCUGGUCUGAUGUUCGGCUUGAACCUCCACUACAGCGACACGUGGACAAAUCCGGGUCUACAAGACAUUCCCACUGGCUGGCCCACUGACGUCACAGGCCUGGCGAAGAAAGUCUGGGACCAUACGACCGACGUGUGCAACGCCUUCGCAGCUGCUAGCUUAAUCCCAGAGACAAUAACCAUUGGUAACGAGAUAAACGGUGGUAUCUUAUGGCCCACAGGCAAGUAUGAUCAGCCGGCCAACCUCGCGAAGCUCCUCCAAACGGCAUCUCAAGCCAUCCGUGCGUCGAACUUGAAGCCGCAACCCAAGAUUCAAAUUCAUCUGUCACAUGGCGAAGAGGGCGAGGAGAUGCAAUGGUGGUACGAUAUGGUUCUCUCGAACGGCCUCACACUCGAGGACUUCGACAUGCAGACCGUAUCCUUCUACCCAUUCUGGGGCUCUGCUGCUACCCAGGCCAAUCUCACUGCCUCGCUCGGGAACAUGGCGACUCGGUACGGCAAAGAGCUUAUGGUGGUCGAGACCAACUGGCCUAUUAUCUGCUCAAAGCCAGAUUACGCAUUUCCUUCUGACACAGUCGACAUCCCAAUUGGUCCCCCGGCAGGCCAGACGACCUGGAUUCAACGCACAGCUGCUAGCAUAGCAAGUGUUCCAAAAGGCGUGGGACUAUCAUAUUGGGAGGGAGGCUGGGUCAGUAAUGCUGUGUUGGGGUCAUCUUGUGAGUGGAACGCGAUGUUCGAUGGUAACGGGAGAGCAUACGAUAGCAUUGGUGUGUUCAACACUAUCUAA